ACAGAACAAACAAGUACAGAACAAACAAGUACAGAACAACCAACUACAGAACAACCAACUACAGAAAAAACAACAACAGAACAACCAAGUACAGAACAACCAACUACAGAAUACACAAGUACAGAACAACAAACUACAGAACUACCAAGUACAAACCAACCAAUUACAGAACAACCAACUACAAAACAAACAAUAACAGAACAAACAAGUACAGAACAAACAACUACAGAACAACCAAGUUCAGGACAACCAACUACAGAACAAACAAUAACAAAACAAACAAGUACAGAACAACCAACUACAGAACUACCAAGCACAAACCAACCAAGUACAGAACAAACAAUAACAGAACAAAUAACUACAGACCAACCAAGUACAGAACAAACAACUACAGAACAAACAAGAACAAAUCAAACGAGAACAGAACAACCAAGUACAGAACAACCAAGUACAGAACAAACAAGUACAGAACAACCAGCUAAAGAACUACCAAACACAGACCAAACAAGUACAGAACAACCAACUACAGAACAAACAACUACAGAACAAACAAUAACA